AAUGCAGAUUUCUUUCUUUUCGUACGCAAAUGUGUUUUUGGUCGUUUUCUUAACCUACACAUUUAUGACUACAGAAAUAUUCAGAUUACAAGCAUGGUCUCACCAAGAGGCGGACGUGGCAUUGGAAUUAGGACAAGCCCCCGGAAGUGCGUCGCGCAAUCUUCACAACUUUCAAAUAGAAAUGUCUUGGAUCGAGCCAAGUGGACACCUAGUCUCACAAGGUGCUUACUUGAAGCAUGUGCCGAAGAAAGCGACCAAUAUGGUCGGCCAUUGACCGGGUUCAGCUCCCAAGGAUGGCAGCGUAUCGUUCAGGUUUUCGCUAUGAAGACUGGAACAAUGAACUAUAAGAAGGAGCAAUUAAAGAACAAGCAUGACCGAUUGAGGGAGGAGUGGAAGGCAUGGGUGUUAGUUGCGGAGGAUACCAGCCAAACUGGACUUGGUAGGGACCCUGAUACGGGUGCAAUAACAGGACCUGAACACUGGUGGGCAGCAAUGAUUGCUCGAAAUAGCAACGUUGCGAAAUUCAAAGAGAAGGGUUUGGAACAUGAGGAACUCAUGGCCCGUGUCUUUCGAGAUGUUACGGCUAUGGGAAACGAAGCUAUGUUUCCAGGUGAUGGCAUUGACGAUAUUGCAGAGGGAUUUGAUGAGUCGGACGGACCACGUGACCUUCAUGGGUCAGUCCCCCAUGCCGACGACUUGAACGAAAUUACGACACCGGUUAGUAGAAAGGGCAAACAAACUGUAGCCCAAAUGUCGAAAUUGGGCAGUGGGUCUGGUGUGCAAAAGCGCAAGUUUACCGAGACUAGUGAUUAUGAUUCCGGGUCCAUUGUCCAAUCACUUGACCAUUUCAAGUUAACCCCAAGCAUACUCAUUAAUCGUCCGGGAAGAUGGGGAGUGGACGACUGUGUCAAAAAAAUUAAAACCCUGCCCUUAUUCGAAAAUGAGGGUGAAAACGAAGAUUUGUUUAUCUGGGCUUGUAGUGUUUUUAGAAGACAACAACAUAAAAUUGAUGUUUUUUGCGAGGUAAAGAGCAGUAGCCGAAUGAUUAGAUGGCUUCAGAGAGAGCAUGCUUUGGCCGUAGCCAAGUACCUCAGGGCUCCCCCUGAAAAGAGAGGCCUUCAACCUCCCCCAUUCCCUCCCUAUCCCCCACAAAAUUGGGGUCCCCUAUUUCCGCAGGGAUCUGCACCAUUCCCUGAGGUUUAUCAACCAUUCCCACCGAGUAGUCCCCCAUUCCCUCCGGGUUACGAAGCAUUCCGUCAUGAGUCUGAACCAUUCCGUCAACGUCUGCCAUUCCCCCAUGGUCCCCAAUUCUCUCAUGGUUCUUACCAGUAGCACUUUGGCCAAUGGGGUUGUUAAUUUGAACUUUCGUUUGUGCACGUGGCUUGUUCUGUAUGGGGUUGUUAACUUGAACUUGCGUACAAUUUUUAUUCGGGUUGCAUGUUGGGACUAUAAUCUGUUAACUUUCAUUUGUGUUGUUUUCAGAUGUUUUAAUGUACUGUUAACCAUAAUUUGUGGCAGUUGGUUGGUACUGUAUGUUGGAAUUUGGAA